AUGCUGAAUGAUCCCGGCCCCGGGACCACCCGUUCGCUCGGACAACUUAUCUCCGAGUUGCACCGGCUGCCCGGCAUCGGGCCGAAGAGCGCCCAGCGCAUCGCCUACCACAUCGCGCAGAUGCCGGCCGAAGACGCCCGGACGCUGACCGACGCCAUCACCAGCGUCAAAGACCUCAUCCUUUUCUGUGCCGAAUGUCGCAACCUCACCGAUGCCUCCCCUUGCGAUAUCUGCUCCAACCCACAGCGCAACCAGGACCAGAUCUGCGUGGUCGAAGAAAGCCGCGACCUCGUUGCGCUGGAACGCACCCGAGCGUUUCGCGGCCUGUAUCACGUCCUGCAUGGCGUCCUGUCGCCCCUCAACGGAAUUGGCCCCGAAGACAUUCACCUGCCCCAGUUGUUUGGCAGAUUGCAGCGCGAAGAUAACCCCUUCCGUGAGCUGAUCAUCGCCACCAACUCCACGCUGGAAGGCGACGCCACCGCCGAUUUCAUCCAUCGCCGCCUGAACGGAUCCGGUAUUCGCAUCACCCGCCUCGCCCGCGGAUUACCGGUCGGCGGCACCCUGGAAUUCGCCGACGAGCUCACCCUCAGCCGCGCCUUCUCGGGCCGCAGCGAGCUGGAAUAG